AUGCUGGACAAUGAAGUUACAGUCAUUUUCAAAUUCAGUACUACGGCUCUGUAUGCUCAAAUCGUUCCAACAGAAGUGAGUGUGCGUGAACUGAAAGCGCACUUGCUUCAUGUGCUUGCAAGCACAAAGCAACCGGAAGACCAAGUGCUUCAUCGUCCAUUCGAAGAAGCAACGCCAGAUGAUGUGGAACUAUACCAUAAGAAGGACGACACGUAUACGCUUUUCGCAUCCGCGAGUACUGCUACGCAUCGUGCCUCCGACGGCACUCCCCUCUGCUCAUCGUGCCAACUCGAGGAUAACACUGUACUGUACGUUGGUUUUCGUGCUCCAAAUCAGGAUACACCAGGCGAACCUGUGGUGCGAGAGCCUUCUUUGGACGAUAUAGCGGAGGAAGAAGACGUAGAAGCACCGUGA